CUAGCUUGUACCGAAAAGGGAAAAGAAUGGAGUCCUCCGAGGCGAGCUGGCACUCGUUUGAUCCGUCAGUCGCCAUGGAGGACUCCGAGGCGAUGGCGCAGCUACUCGGGGUGCAGUACUUCAGCAACGAUCAGAAGCAGCCGAUGCCGACGGCCUUGUACUGGCCUGGCCAAGAAGCUGACCAGUACUACAGCUCCGCGCCAUACUACACGCAGCAAAUCAACUCGGGUGCAAGCUACGACCAGUGUCACUAUGCCGACAGCACCACGAUGACCGGAGACUUUUUUGUGCCGGAGGAGCAGAUGGCGGAUCCGGGCUUCAUACUUGAUCUGAACCUCGACUUUGAGGACCAGGACGGCGACGGCAAGCCGUCGGCGUGCAAGAGGAAGUUGGAGGAGCAGAAGGACGAAAGCACCACGGGCACCGCUGCGAAGAAGAAAGCGCGCUCCACGGCAAUGCCGUUGCAGAAGAAGGGUAAGACCGCGCAGUCCAAGAAGCCGCAGGAGGGCGCGUGCAGCCGAGGCAACCAGGACGAGAGCAACGGCGACGGCAACGUGCAGUGCUCGAGCAACUACCUGUCUGACGACGACUCGCUAGAGAUGACCGCGUGCAGCAACGUGAGCUCGGCGUCCAAGAAGUCGUCGUCGGGAGGUGCGAAGGCGAGGGCCGGACGUGGGGCGGCCACCGAUCCGCAAAGCCUCUAUGCAAAGAAGAGGAGAGAACGGAUCAAUGAGCGGCUAAAGGUACUGCAGAACCUUGUCCCCAAAGGAACCAAGGUAGACAUCAGCACGAUGCUUGAAGAAGCAGUUCACUACGUCAAGUUCUUGCAGCUCCAAAUUAAGCUGUUGAGCUCGGACGAUAUGUGGAUGUUCGCGCCGAUUGCUUACAACGGGGUCAACGUUGGCCUCGACCUCAAGAUCUCUCCACCACAACAAUGAGCGCCGACUCGGAGCCGGUGCUCGAGCGAGAUUUGCAGGCACUUUGGCAGUGCACGUUGAUUCUUUUCCGUUCAUAUUUUCGUUUCUUUCUUGAAUUCGUCUGAUUCGUCGCUAGAGGACAGCCAGUCGUAAUGAACGAUUUUUACAGUCUCGCCACUGGCCUCCUUGAGCAGCAGAGACUCUGUAGUGAGCUCAACUUUGUAAUGGCAGUUUGGCACUGAAAAAAGAACGGGGGACGAUGGACACGCCUGGUCUUUGUCAUUUUUUUCCCCUCUGCGUUAGAGCGACC